GGAAGGACAAUAAACAGGAAGGAAGAAUAAACAGGAAGGAAGAAGAAAAAUGGUUUCCACUAACGUGAUGUCUUUCAUGAAAAAGAUUAUGAAGACUUCUGGAGCAGAGCCUGGAGAAGCUUCUGGUUCAAUGACCACGUUAAAACAAACAGUGACGACGAGUCUUCAAGAAAUGUCAUUUGGAAGGGAUCGAACGGCUUCGAACAAAUCAAGAAAAACAGUGACGUCACGUCUCACGCCCCAAGAGAGGUCAAUUCUUCGAAAGGUUUGGCAGAAGGACGAUGAGAUAGAAGAAGAACCUCGGAAAGCGAGUCUACCUAGGCCUGCGGAGCCUAUAAUCCAGUCCUCCCCGGCCAGCGAAAGUUGCCGAAUAUGCCGAAAACACAUUUCAGAGAACGAACAGAGCAGAGAAUGUGAUGAAUGCGGCCAGAGUGUGUGUGAAGACUGUGCUUCUUACUCAAGUGAUCGUACAGACAGUUCACAGGGGUGGAAAUGUAGCUUUUGUAGAAGACAAGAGGGACAAGGUCGUGUUGCUAUGGAACUUCCACCAGGGUCGGGAAUGAACCGAGUACCCUCAGUCCGACGAAUG